AACCGUCAUUUUCCUACGUGCCCUCUGACAUCAGCCACCUUCUCCGUAGCGACAGUUUCUCUGCACUCAUAUUAAUCCCUGGCAAUGAAAAAUGAGCCUCUCCCCCACCCUUGCUGCCGCCUGUCGCCUCACGCCCCCAGAGAAGAGUUUGUCCACGAGGCAGUGGGUGAAGGUUUUUUUCCAAGUCACAUGAUCCAGGAUGCAGGGGGAGAAUCCUACUUGGAACCGAGAUGAGCCCAGAACCGAAUCAGAUGAGCAGAGAUAAGGUGUGAUGCGGGGCAGCCUAUAUAAAGAAUGGACGCAGGGCUGCGGCGAGCACUCAGCCGAGCGGCCCCUGGGGACGCAGCCAUGCACGUGCAGGAGGGCCCCGUGGCCAGCCAACUGGGCACAACGAGCCGCAGCCACUUCUGUCUCACCACAGCCACGCUGGCUGUGUGCCUCGUCUUCACUUUGGCGACCAUUAUGGUGCUGGUAGUUCAGAGGAAGGACUCCAUUCCCAACCCACUCGGCAACGUCCCCCUUAAAGGAGGAAAUUGUUCAGAGGACCUCUUAUGUAUCAUGAAAAGGGCUCCAUUCAAGAACUCGUGGGCCUACCUCCAAGUGUCAAAGCAUCUAAACCAAACCAAGUUGUCUUGGAACAAAGAUGGCAUUGUCCAUGGAGUCAGAUAUCAGGAUGGGGAUCUGGUGAUCCAGUUCCCCGGCUGGUACUUCAUCAUUUGCCAACUGCAGUUUCUUGUGCAAUGCCCAAAUCAUUCUGUCGACCUGAAGUUGGAGCUUCUCAUCAACAAUCAGGCCAAAAAACAAGCCUUGGUGACAGUGUGCGAGUCUGAAAUGCAAACCACAGGCAUAUACCAGAAUCUCUCUCAGUUCCUGUUGGAUUACCUGCAUGUCAACACCACCAUAUCAGUCCAAGUGGAUAAAUUCCAGUAUGUGGAUACAAACACCUUUCCUCUUGAGAAUGUGUUGUCCAUCUUCUUAUACAGUAGCUCAGACUGACCGGUUUUCUCUUGGCCUUCAGGAAGAAAGCAACUCUCUACAAUACAGAAUUUCAUCCAUCCAAACAUUUGGGUAAAAAGAAAACUUUUUAAAACAAGACUGAAACCACAAAGGAUAUUAAAUAGUUUACUUCUCCUUCUGUCUCUUGAAAAGAUACAACUCCAGGGUUAAAAAGAGAGUUUUGAGUGAAGUUAUCUUUCAGAUAGAAGGCAGGGAAGCAGCGAGGGGUGGUAGGCAGAGAUCACAGGGGAUCAGCAGGGGUGGAUACAUACCCCAGCCCAACCACUCACUUACUGUAGGAUCUUGAUUCAUUUCUUCUGUAAAGAGAGCCCCCAGCAAAAUUGGGGUUCCAGUACCAGAGCGGCUGGCAACCCUGCCCUAAUGGGAAAUGAAGGAGUGGGUUGGAAGUGGGUGUUCACAGUGUGUCUUUCACAGGGUGGAUGGCCUAAGCCCUGAUUAUCCAACCUGACACCAGACAGUCCCUCACACAGGAAACGUGUUUAUCCUGGCAGAGGUCCUUGUGGCUCUUGUCUAACCUGUGUCCAGUUCAUGCCUGCCUGACCAUCGCUCUGGCCCUGGGAGCCUGCCCCUGUGUCUGCCACCCCCACUCCUGUAUCACUGAGGAAAACGGGGCCUGGGGAAGCCCCUGGUUCCUUAGAUGGAAAGCACAAAUUGAAUACACCCACCAUGAAAAAAGUUCAAAGAUUUAUUACUUGCAGAUCCUGUGUUGAGAGGGCAGUGCUCCUUUUCCAGUCACAUGAGGUGGGAAUGUAGAGUUAGGCAGAGAGAGAGCAAGAAAGAGAGCGCGUGAGACAGCUAGCAUAAAAGGAAACAGGGUGUGGGUCACUCCAAGUUUGAGGGCAAAUGCCAGCAUGGUCCAUUUAGGGAUGCCUUGGGAAAGCGGGGAGCUCAGUCUGCUACACGGGAGAGAUGCCUCUAUGUUCUUAUGUCUGGACACCAGCUUGAGCCACUGGAUGUGGUUUACAUCUGGAGACUGUGUCAAGGAAGAAUGAGCCCUGUGCUGUGUCUGGUAUAAGAAAGGGAAACCUGAAUUCACAAUGGAUGCCAAGGAAACAUAAAAUCAUAAGAAUUCACUACCCCUUCCCCCUCCCUGGAACUCAGGAUCCAAGUCUAAAAACUGAAAGGGGUGGAUUUGAAUCUCUCCAAAGUCUCUUCCAUCUCAGAAGACCAGAAUUGGGGGCUGAGAUUCUGGGAAGAAUUCUGGAAGCGCCCAACCAGAAGAAGACCCCCCCACACCAGCAUAAAACCCAUGACAUCAGUAGCAUUUGGCUGUGUGUCUGUCCUCUCAGCAGAGUCAAAACGUGGGCUGCCUUUCAGAAUGGAACAAACUGCAGAAUCGCAAAUAGGUAAAGGAGAGAACUACCAAGCUGACCGCCCAAGAGGGGAGAGGCCAUCUAGAGAUUCGGGAAACUAUCUGACCAGGCCUGGCUCCAUUCCAGCUAAGAUUGACAUAAGUCAACAGCAGACAGUUUUUGUGUCCUGGCAGAAAAGUGCCAUGCAUUUCAACAAUGGUCAAGGUGAUGUGGUCACGUAGCCAGGGAAUAGCCGCUACCAUCCCCUGCCUGAUACAUUCCUGCUUCAAACACCCUCAGAAAGCCAGUUCUGUGGAGGGUUUUUAAGUCCCCACAGAGUUGUUGACACACAAAGAUAAAUGGGGCAAAGGACUUCUGAGAAAUGGCAACCUCCUCUCCUGGUAUGGGAACCCGUAAAAUUUCUUUAGCUACAUCAAACUUGGCGUCUCUUAUCAUCUUUGGAGGAGCACUUUAUUUAUCAAAGGACAUUGACAAACCAUUUGAGUGGAAGUGGAAGUCCCUGCUGUUACGUUCCAGUAAGAAAAAACAGACCCUUAACUACCAUACAAAAGAAUGCAGCAAACUUUUUAUUUCUCUCAAGAAGGAGAGAAAGAAAAGGAGUAAGAAUCCAGUGAAGUUUGUCAGAGAGAGCCUAGAAGAGAUUUAAAGAAACAAAGAAAGAAAAUCAGCAGUGGCGUACGAAUGAGAGGGAGUUGGGAGAGCACAGAUAGUUGAGGGAAAAUGUUGAAUCGUCUGCUAAGCAGCGUGCUCUAUCCGCCUCUGAGGUUUCCUCUAUGAAAUACUCAGUAAAGUCUAAAUUUUUCUUGAACUCUUUCUGUGAGUAGAUUCUUUGGGAGGAGUGGGCAUUGGGAGAGGUGCUGAGUUCAGCAGGCCAAGUGGUGUGUAGUGAAAACAGAGACAAGUUUUGAGGACUAGAAGCUAGACACGGGAAUACCCAGCAUUUGAGUUACACGCUAACUGUGAAGGACAAAUGAACCUUGAUUAACAACUCGUGCAUUCUUAAAAAGCCAUAUGCCACCGGAGUGCAUUAUGCAUAAACUAAGCCAAUUUUCUACUAUCUCGCAUUCUGACUUGAGAAAGGUUCUAUUCUCAUUUUUCAGCAACUGUCCUCUGAGCAGAGAUACCUGAUUUUACACUGCGAGAAGUUCCUAAUCUCAGUCUCUGAGAAGCCAUGCUCAGAAAGCCAACACCUAAAAAGACACAAGUACAUCAUUUAAAUGAAUAAUAUAGCAAAAUCAAAAAAAAAAAAAGAAUAACCAUACCCAUUAAAAUCUCAAUGGAUAGAUACAUAGAGUGGAUGACCCAGGAGGUUUAAAUUCUAAACCUAAAUUCUGUGGUGGGAUUACACCUACGGUGCAUCUUACAAGGGAAACUUAGUAAAUGUAGAAUAUAAAUGUCUUAACACAAUAACUAAGAAAAUUCCAGGAAGGCUAUGUUAACCAGUGUGAUGAAAAUAUGUCAAAUGGUCUAUAGAACCAGUGUACGGUGCCCCAUGAUCUCAUUAAUGUACACAGCUAUGAUUUAAUAAAAAAAAAAAAAAAAACUACAUUCUGUUACUACUCAAGGUGAACCAGCCCCACCCCUGGAAUGUUGUCAGCAGAUGAUGCCAUCUGUACAAGUGAAACAGAUCAUUCCUUUAGCUGGACCCCAGGCUACCUAAAACAUACAGCUCUUUGGUAAAAAUUCAACUCGAGCUCUUUUCCGCUCACCCAGCCCCCAUACGCACACACUCACUAUACUUGCAUCACUUAGGGAAAGAAGGUGAGUUCAUGAAAAAUAACAGGAAACGUAUUCCUGCCCCUGGAAAAACUGAUACAGCUUUCUUUUUCCACAUUUGAUAACUUUAUCCUCACUUGGUCUCUCGAUUACCCAGACACCUGCUGUAACUCCACUCCCUGGAAUGCCACUUAUUCUGGGACAGGGGAGACACACUCCUUAAAUGAAGAGGAUAGAGAAGUCAGCUAGUGUCAUCUCGGGAAUGUUCCUGAGAGAUCCUGUAAAGGGCUGUCAUGUGGUUAAUGAGAGUGCUGGGAUUUGGACUCAGCCUCCCAACUCCCAGCUCCAUUAUUUCCCACCGGGGUUUACAGGGUGUCUUCUGUAACUCCUCAGGCCAUGCCUUUCCAGCCCUGUGCUGGAGCAGUCCCUAGCAUGCAGAGAUUUCCUCUGUUCUUCUCUGCCACUGCCCUAGUCACUCCAGGUUCAGCAUCUAACAAGAGACACGAUGGUCCCUAUCUUCUGGGUUCAGUAAAUGGCCAGUACCCAGUUCAGAAAAGGGUCAGGGGCUGACAACGUAAAGGUUCUGUCUCUCAGAAACUGACGAUACAUGGUAAAGCCAAUAUUUCUCCCGAUAAAAAAAUUAAAAGCUUUUUUUAAUUUAAAGUUAUAUCAUGUGUGUAUGUACACGUGUAUCUCUGUAUGUUCAUCUGUAUGUGUACGCGUUCGUAUGUCUGGGUGUGUGUGUGUGCAUUUUUCCUAGUAAUUGUUUUACAGUUCAUCUGCUUAACUUGGAGUCAGGGAGCAGGCCUGAUUCUUGCUCUGUGCAUUGCAAAAUUUAUAUAUGUUUGUAUUUAUUUUUAAUUAUGAAAAGAACAGAAAAUAUUUCUCCCAUGUCUUAUUAGGUUAUUUAAUAACUAUUAAUACUUUGCUAUAUUUGUUUCUGCUUCUAUCUUUUAUCUUCUAAUUUUAUCUUUAAAGCCUUUCUCUUCUAUCCAUUACCCUCCCCCCAUUCCAGAGAUUACAUAACCACUGCCUGAAAGUUUGUGCGUUCCCUUUACUUACGGAAUUUUAUACUUGUUUUCAUGUAAGAUCACGUAGUACAAUUUUAUGUGAUUUUUAAAACUUCA